UCAUUUCGGUGUUGUGUUUCCUUCCGUUACUGGCUUUUCUGAUACGAUAUAUCGUGCAUCAGGAGUUGGAGGAUUAUUAAGCAGACCGAUGACAAAGGGAUCAAGAGUUGUCUUGAGCGGAUCUAUAUGAUCCUGGGUGCUGGUGGUGGCUGCCAGUUCUCCGUAAUAAUUUCGAAGUGGUGUACUGGUUCUUGACCCUGGUUCUCACUCACCACUCAUCGGGCCUUGUAAAUACGCACCAUGGUGAGGCCUAUCUCCAUCCAUGCUCCAUAUCCCAGAGCAGUCAUUCGCCUCCACACAUCAUCCUGUGUGGAAGCGGGUGGAGCAACGCGGCAAUUCCCGGGCGGAUCCAUAUGGGACGGCGGGGCAUGUUUAUGGCCUUAUCUCUCAGGAAGCAAUCAUCCACUCUACCGUCCGAUACCGUAGCACAACUGCUCCAUUCGUUGAACCGGAAAGACCUUUGUAUCCUCCCUUGAGCUUUGCAAGAGAGCAGUCGAUCUUCGUAGACUUCGCGUUCGGUGGGAUGAUACCAUCAUCAUCACCAUCAUCUCUUCGACAAGUUCAACGACUCCCCAAGCCGACCGAUGCCUGCGCCUUCAAGCUCAACCCUAAAACUUAUAUAUCCCCCGGACCGUCACCCACGGCCUACAGUCUAUCUCCUCCGCAUCCUGCCCCAGCCUCCACACCCGAUCCAAGGCGCGCUGAUCUCCAGGUCCACGGCGCGGGACUGCUGCGGGGCUGUGGGGUCGAAGAACCAUGGGCGCGCCCGGUCCAUGUCCUUGCGUCGGGAAAGGUGGCGUGUGCGCGCGGACCGAACAAGUUGGCGAGGAAUUAGCGGGGGAUAUGCUGCUAUCGAUUGUCGCAGGGGAAUAAGGUCGUGGGGUUGUGAGGCGCUCGGGGGUAGUCAAAGGGUGGCGGG